GAUUCGAGUUGCUAUUUUGGCGCACAUGGCGACACUGCACCGGCUCAGUUGCUUGAAUAUAGACGACGAUGAGCGUACAGCGUUUCUGGGUUUGUGUAUUGCGAGUUCUACUCUCGGUGUUCUCGGUGCUACAUUCCUACUCGUCACACUGCGACAGCAAUACGCAAGAGUUGGAACGAGACUGGGCGGUAGUGGAAGCUUCUAUUUGAGUACGUAUCAGAUUCAUAUAAUAGUCUGUCUCGGAGUCUGCGACCUCAUUGCGUGCAUUGGAGUUAUAGCUCGGUCUGUAUUGUGGUUUAUUUACAAUCCCAAACAUGGUGACCUUUUCCAUACGACAGGAAACGUGGUGUGGGUUGUGAUUGUGGAGGUUGUUGUAACAGGCAGCUACAUUGCCACGUUUCUCUGGACUUGUUGCUAUGCAAUCGAUAUAUACUCGUUUAUGACCAGAAGGUCAAGAUUUCUGUACUGCUAUCAUGUGGCAGUCUGGUUUAUGACUGGAUCGUUGGUAGUUUUGGCAAUGGUUAGUCUGUUUGGAGUGGCAGAAAAGGGGUAUCAUUCUCGUCUUCAUGUCGAUUGUUCAAAGACAUUGUACAGUGUUCUAUACGACAUGUGUUUUCUCCUACCGAUCCUCACAUCUCUGCUCUUCUUGCCGAUUGUCUACAUCAUGGCCUCGUGCUACACCGUUCAGUUCGUAACGAGUGGUGGAAUAAUGGGAGAGAUAGAACGACGAUCGAUCACCAUUCUCAAACUGAAAUUCUUUCUCUUUGCAUUGGCAUUCUACAUCUGCUGGUUUCCAACUGCAGUCGAUCUGAUCUGGCUGUUGACAAGAGAAACAAGCAAGGAAUACUUAGAAGUUCCAUUUGCACUUUGGAUGGUCGAGGCUGUUGUCAACCCUCUGCAGGCUCUAUUCAACGGUUUUCUCUACAGCAAAACCGAUUUCUGGCGUCGAUGUCUCGUGUCGUCAGAUGAAGCAACACACGACGACGAACAGACUGCAAUGUUUUAUUCACGAACGACGCCAGACUCGAUGGAAGGAUCGUAUGCAAGUGGCAGCACCGACGGCCAAUGUACAGAAACCUACGCGUCGAUUUCGAAUCCUCAGCAUUCGGGUAGAGAGACAACUUCGAGUAGAAACGGCAACUAUUCGUCUCCUGUGUCGUACGAGUCGAUAGCGCGACGAUCGAGCGACCUGAUGUGAACCAU